AACGCGCUUCCCUUUCUCGCUUACUCCCAGCACUCUUUUAUUCUUUUAUUUUUGUGAUGUUCCAGCGCGAUCCAAGAGCCGGUGCUUUUCUUGGAGGCGACCGUGUGUCGGGACAGGACAUCCGAGACCAAAAUGUUAUUGCGGCCCAGUCGGUUGCCAAUAUUGUGAAAAGUUCGUUGGGGCCAUUGGGUUUGGACAAAAUGCUAGUGGACAAUAUUGGGGAAGUCACUAUUUCCAACGACGGGGCAACGAUACUCUCGCUUCUUUCAGUUGAAAAUCCAGCAGGUCGAAUCUUUGUUGAUCUUUCUCAAAAACAAGACAAGGAAGUCGGUGACGGCACUACAUCUGUCGUCAUCAUCGCUGCUGAACUUCUUCGACGCGCCAAUGAGCUCGUCAAGGCUAAAAUCCAUCCGACGACUAUCAUCACUGGGUAUCGACUGGCCUGUAGGGAAGCUGUCAAAUUCAUGCAGGAUCAGCUUAGCGUAAAGGUGGAUGCUUUGGGCAAGGAGGCACUGAUAAACGCUGCCAAGACCAGUAUGUCGAGCAAAAUCAUUGGAAAUGACGAUGAUUUAUUCGCACCCAUGGCUGUGGAUGCUAUGCUUGCAGUCAAGACAAUCAACAUGCGAGGCGACAUCAAGUACCCCGUCAAGGCUGUAAACGUCCUCAAAGCUCACGGUCGCAGUGCCCGGGAGUCCCUCUAUGUUCAAGGAUAUGCACUGAACUGCACCGUAGCCAGUCAAGCCAUGAAAAAACGCAUUACGAACGCGAAAAUUGCCUGCCUCGAUAUCAACCUACAAAAGGCUCGGAUGCAGCUUGGUGUCCAAAUUCUAGUGGAAGACCCAGAUCAGCUUGAGGAGAUCCGGAAACGUGAAUCUGAGAUCACUCUUGAACGUAUCCGUAAAAUUUUGAACGCCGGGGCGAAUGUUAUACUAACCACGAAAGGGAUUGACGAUCUUUGUCUGAAGGAGUUCGUAGAGGCUGGGGCUAUGGCCGUUCGCCGAUGCAGAAAAGAGGAUCUGCGGCGUAUCGCUAAGGCCACCGGUGGUCAGCUCGUAUCCAGUCUUGCCAACCUCGAGGGCGAUGAGACGUUUGAAGCCAGCUACCUGGGUACAGCCGAUGAAGUUGUCCAAGAGCGCAUUUCUGACGAUGAGUUGAUUCUCAUCAAAGGAACGAAGGUCGUCAACUCUUCGUCCAUCGUCUUGCGAGGAGCCAACGAUUACAUGCUGGACGAGAUGGAAAGGGCGCUACAUGACACCCUAUCUGUUAUCAAGAGAACCCUUGAGAGUGGUUCCGUCGUUCCCGGAGGAGGGGCUGUUGAAUCCGCUCUGAGUAUCUAUCUGGAAAAUUUCGCCAUGACUUUGGGUUCUCGUGAGCAAUUGGCUAUCGCUGAAUUCGCUAGUGCACUCCUAUCAAUACCAAAGACAUUAGCUGUUAACGCAGCAAAGGACUCGACUGAACUCGUAGCUAAACUGCGUUCAUACCACAAUGCUGCCCAAAGCGCACCCGCAGGUGAUCCGAAGAAAGCACUUUUACGGUACGGCCUUGACUUAAUGAACGGCGAAGUACGGGAUAAUGUGACGGCUGGUGUGCUGGAGCCAACGAUGAGCAAGGUGAAGAGUUUGAAAUCUGCGUACGAAGCCGCCGUGUCACUCUUGCGGAUCGACGAUGCAAUCCAGUGCAUACCCGAACCUAAGGGAGAGCCUGACCCUCACGGUCAUUGAUGGGAAGAUGUAAAUGGUAGUGUCGGUUCUUGCACUAUGUUACUUGCAACCUGUAUUUAAAUUACAAACAUAUGGCAAAAAGGAUAGGUCUCUUAAUGGUUGCACAAAUAGAGGGACCACGCCAGUGUAC